CCGCUCUCGUCAAUCAAGCGAUGUUUGACUCGGUUGCAGCGUUCUUCUCCAAGUCGCUUGAUCGACCCGAUCAUUCUACACUCUGGGGGCGUGCAGUAGAAACGGCUAAAGGUGCCACGCACGCAGCAGCAGAUUACCUUUCGGAGCCCAAGGACAGCACAGACCUGACUCAGAAGGCUGGAAAGAUAUUCCAUAACCUGAAAGAGUCAAUCACGAAUGUAGACGUGGAUGAUUUGUUUGGUAAAGUGAAGGAUAGUACUUUAAAGGACAGAAACAUGCCAGAUCUCAAUGAUUGGCGUGAAAAGGGAGCGACUUUCGUAGACAGUGCAAGAGAGGCAGGAACGCGCGUGUUAUCGGAUUCUGCAGCGCAUCUUAGGCAAUUUGUCAAACACCCUUCGUUUGACUCGUAUCUGUUGCGCAUCAGAGGCUUCGGCAACUGGUGUUCCGAGCAUCGCAUUCAAGCAGUCAUCAUUGCUUUGGUCAUUCUCAAUCCUUCACUGUUGUUCUUGCCCGUGAAAUUACUCCUGAGACUACUUGGUUUCGGGCGCCAGGGACCAGUCAGAGGGCACUUUGCUCCGAAUGCUCAGAGACAGCUCUAUGGAGGAAGGGUCCCGAAGAAUGGCUGGUUCGCUCGCUCUCAGGCGGCUGCUAUGCGUCCUCAGCCCGAAGAGUCACGUUCGCUCCUUUGGGCAGCAAUAAAGACCGCUUUACUUGUGAGCGCCGUAGCUUACAUGAUUCCUCAUCAAUGAGGAGCCCAUGUGAUAAGCCCUCCUUUCCUUGUGUGGCCGAGUUGUUAUAUCAAUGCAUGCGGACGAGAUCCAGGGUGAAUCUUCUAUAGCGAAUGAUCUACACCGUUGUUAUAAGUCUGUUCGAUCUGCUGCUCCGUCAGCGAUGCAAAGUCCAUUGACUGCGAAUUGCAUCGAGGAAUCAGUG